UCUCGGAUGAAUGAAGUCGGGUAAAGUCCUCCACGUUGCCGCCAUGUGGAGGUCCACCGGCCCAGCGGGACUUCGCGUCGCGCUCGCCUCCCUGCUGGUGUGCGGGUUACUCGCCGACGGACACGCGGCGGAGCCUCCGGCGACGCGCGGGCUUUUCACGGACUACUUCAGACAGCUGACCCGGGAGAGGAGAGCCGUGAGCGGGCCGGCGCGGAGCAGCGCCCCGCCCCGGGCUGUGGAGCUUCUCUCCCCGGGCGACCUGUUCGUUGCGGUGAAAAGCAGCAGUAAAUACCACCGCAGCAGGCUGGAUCUCCUUCUGGACACUUGGAUCUCCAGAAAUAUGCAAAACACGUACGUCUUCACUGACGGGGAGGACGCGCUGCUGAGGAAGAGGAUGGGAGGUCACGUGAUCAACACCAACUGCUCCGCCGCUCACAGCCGCCAAGCGCUCUCCUGCAAAAUGGCGGCGGAGUACGACGCCUUCCUCGAGUCCGACCGGAAGUGGUUCUGCCACGUGGACGACGACAACUACCUGAAUGUGGGCGCCCUCUUGAGGCUGCUGUCUCAGCACAGCAGCACAGGAGACGUUUACAUCGGGCGGCCCAGCCUGGAGCGCCCCCUGGAGGCCUCCGAGGAGUCCGGCGGCGGCGACGCCACAGAAACGACCAAGGUUUCCUUCUGGUUCGCCACCGGAGGCGCGGGUUUCUGUCUCAGCCGCAGCCUCGCCCUCAGCAUGCGACCCUGGGCCAGUGACGGCGCUUUCGUGGCGACUGCCGAGCGCAUCCGCCUCCCGGACGACUGUGCGGUGGGCUUCAUCGUGGGGGCGCUGCUGGGCGUCGGCCUCACCCGCUCGCCCUUGUUCCACUCCCACCUGGAGAGCCUGGCGCUGCUGUCACACCUGCACCAACAGGUGACUCUGAGCUACAGCGGCAAGAACACCGUGGACCUGAGAGGACCAUUUUCACGGCAGCAAGAUCCAACCAGGUUCCUGUGUGUGCAUUGUGCCUUGUACCCUGACACCCCCUGGUGCCGCCGCUGAUUAUCGCACCUCGUCUGCCGCACCCUGGCCCACGUCUCGUCCCCAGGACACGGUGAAGGCUGCCGGCAUGAAGGAAACCUUUUUGGGACUUUUUUACCAAACAGAACACAUAAAAAGCUUUUGUUUUGGUUUUGUUUUGUACACAACAACCACAACUGGGAGCUUGGAAAAUCACAAAUUUUUUGGCAAUUGUUUAACAAUCACUGGGAGAAUGAUGUCGCCAACUAGAGGCCUGGCAUGCACAUUACAGCCUCUUUUUUUUUUAAUUCAUUUCGACAACUUUUUAAGGUGUUAAAAGUAGGGAUGUCCGAUAAUAUCGGACUGCCGAUAUUAUCGGCCGAUAAAUGCUUUAAAAUGUGAUAUCGGAAUACUUGGUCAACAGCCAUACAGGUCACAGUGAGGGUGGCCGUAUAAACAACUUUAACACUGUUACAAAUAUGCGCCACACUGUGGACCCACACCAAACAAGAGUGACAAACACAUUUCGGGAAACAUCCGCACCGUAACACAACAUAAACACAACAGAACAAAUACCCAGAAUCCCUUACAGCACUAACUCUUCCGGCACGCUACAAUAUACACCCCCCAGUGCCAUGUUGGCAUUUUUUUAAUUUUAUUUUGGAAAACCUUGUUACAUUGUUUAAUGCAUCCAGUGGGGCAUCACAACAAAAUUAGGCAUAAUAAUGUGUUCAUUCCACGACUGUAUAUAUCGGUAUCGGUUGAUAUCGGAAUCGGUAAUUAAGAGUUGGACAAUAUCGGAAUAUCGGCAAAAAAGCCAUUAUCGGACAUCUCUAAUUUUUACUAUUCCGACAUCGUGUAACCAUGAAAACUUCCAAUGUAAACGUCCAAACUACAACAGGCAGUAGCAUUAAAAAAACGUAGGAUUGUCUCGAUAAUUCAAGACUGAGUAAGAUAGCAUGGUUUUUAACUUCAAAGAAAAACCUUUAAAAACGUGUGCAUUGAAAGAGCAAGAAGCUAACAGCACGGCUAAUGUCAAGUGUAAAAGAAGGUUUUACAAAGUAAUCGCACGAUCUUUGAAAAAUGUCCAAGCGGUUAGCUGAAGAAGCUAAUUAUGGUUUUUGACUGAAUAAAUACAUUUUGUUCCUUUAAAUGACAGCAGUAUAUUUGCGGUUUUUUUAAAGCAGAAUUUUAGAUAGCGGCGUGAACAUGUGACCAAUGGGGACAGCGCCAUCUAGUGGCCUGGCAUGCACAUUACAGCUGUUUUUAAAAAUCAUUAUAAAUAACUGUAAGCUUUGCGUACUCACAGACUCACGGAUAUACACUCUGCAAGCCAGUUGUGCCGGGUUAAACGAAGGUUUAAUGUAUGUUGUCCAGGAUUUUUCAGUCUCACCUGUCCUCCUCCUCCUGCCGCUCACUGUUAAAGACAACAGAUGAUUAGAUUAACACGUACCACCUGCACAAUCUAAAUCAUCUGCCAGCUGUGUCUCGCCAUCAGCACAUGCCAUGUUUUCAGCACCAUGGACAGAGGCGGUGACCUUUACUCCUACAAGCGCGCCGAUCACACUCCCUUUCCACAAUAACAUUGUCAUUGUAAAAAAAAAAAUCAGAACAACUACACAGUUAGCAGUAUUGUUAGCAUAAAACAAAGAAACGUAAACUAAUCGCACCCACAUUUGUCUCGCCGAUCUUAGAAAGUGGUUGUUGACAUGUUUUUAGUUAGUUUUUAGGCUUAAAAAGGAACACAGUUGACAUUAGCGUGUUUAGCAUUUUUUUAAUAAUUCGCCAUAAAAACGUCCACAGUAGCCGGUGGCUAACUCACUAGCGUGGUGGUGCAGCUGUGCCGCGGUAAGGAUUGAGAUGAUUCUCCCAGCUGUUCUUCUCGUGCGCCUCGUCCUCAGCUGUCGCCGUCCUUCACCGCGCUGAAACGCUCCUUUGUCUUCCUCACUGCCAGCUUUUGUUCUUCCGUCAGUGGAAGAAGACAUCUUGGGGAGAAAAUAUGUGCUGUUUUUGUUUUUUGGUGGCUUCUUUUCUUUUAAGCUGCAUCUUGGUAAGAAUGGAACCUUCCAGAUUCUUGUCGUAUUUGUGUUCUUCUCCAAUGCUUGUUGAUGUUUUGCAGACCAAUGACUCAUAUUAAGUCGUCUUGUAGUCAUCAAGUGUUAAAAUCAUGUCCAGUGUCUGGAUCUUAUUGUUCAUGCUAAUAAAAAUCAUGU